CUCUUUACGAUUUUACCCGUUGUUAAUAUUAGGCUGUAUAUCCAGAAUUUUAACCUAGAUUAUUGAACUGAAUAUAAAUGGCUGGAGGCUGUCAUCUCCAAUGCAAUGUUUGUAUGUGCACUGCGCUGGAGAUGUUCCUAUCACAGAAGACUGAAUGGCUCAAAACUCGCUCACUUAUGUUUUAUUUUUCGUUCAUAUUUUUGGCAUUUUUACUGGAUCACUCGAUUACUACAAGGGGAGAUGAAGAUUCGAAGAAAUGUCCUGAUUAAUUUGGAAAAGUCCUCCGAGACAAUGAGAAGCGGAAAAGGAUUCCAUCCCGUGCAACAAGAGCCUCCCCUCCCUCAGAGCGAUUCUGUUGACGGAGAUGUCCAGGAUUGGUCAGCCACUGAUCAGCUGGUGUAUUUCCCUGCGGUCUCACAUUGGCACUUCGCCACCCCCCUUCGGCUAAAACCAAACCACAGAUAAAGUAAUGGCAAAACACACUUGGACUAUAAAACACAACAAAUCAUAACACUCGGACAAUAACAAGGGCCACCCAAUGAGUUCCUACUUCGUCAACUCAGCUUUUCCCGUUUCUCUACCCGGGGGACAAGAGUCUUUUUUGGGUCAGAUACCGUUAUAUUCCUCGGGAUAUACAGACACUUUAAGACACUACCCGAGCGCCACGUUCGGAGCGACCAAUGUGCAGGACAAGGUUUACACCCCCUCGUACUACCAGCAAGCUACUGGUGUCUUCGGGAGAACCGGAUCCACCACAGCUUGCGACUACGCUGGGUCAAACAUGUAUAGAGACGCUGAGCGUUCAUGCACGCUCGGAGGUUUGGAAGACUCGCUGGUAUUAACCCAGGACCAGUGCAAGACGGACUGCUCUGAGCAGAGUUCAGACAGAUAUUCUUACAGUGAAGACAAGCCGUGUACCCCGGUUUAUCCCUGGAUGCAGAGGAUGAACUCGUGUAACGGCAUACCCGGCAGCGCUGGCCGCAGGGGUCGUCAGACUUACACUCGAUUUCAGACUCUUGAGUUGGAAAAGGAGUUCCACUUUAAUAGAUACCUGACCCGAAGGCGCAGAAUUGAGAUCUCGCAUGCUCUCUGUUUAACAGAGCGGCAGAUAAAAAUCUGGUUCCAGAAUCGUAGAAUGAAGUGGAAGAAGGAGAAUAAAAUGAUGAACUCUACAAAGGCCAGUGAGAAGGACGAAGAGGGCAAGGCGUGAUAAAUGUUUAAAUAUGCACUGUACUACAUAAUAAGCAACUCCAAAAAUUUUACCCACAACAUGUAGUAUGUCCAUAUAGAUGUCCAAAUUUAUACAACAGAGAAGAGCUACCUACUUAAGGCACUGUUGACAUGCGACAGCUAAAAACAGAGACCUACUGACGAUUUUGUGGCUUAAAACCAGGCAUCCUUAUCAAUAGGUAACGGUGGUACAGAGAACGGGGAAUUUGACCACCAUUGUGUAUUUUCAUUAGAUACAUUUAAUUACCUGCCCCGAAAUUAUUGGCUGAAUUUCCAGUAGAGCUGCUCUCCCAUUCUAGCCUCGAGUCUACCAGCGACAUAGCGCGAACGGUAGGCUUGUGAAGAAGAAGAGUGACAUGUCUUAUUACUGGACAUAGAUUAUUUGAAAAAGAAAAGUGUGUUUAAAUGCUUUUAAAGGCUUAAUUUAUUUUGUUCGUCACGUUUGUGUAUGUGGAUGCACUGAAAAUGCAUUAGUGAACUUUGUUAGCAAUGCCAUUUUGUCAAUAAAAUAAAUAUUG